AUGAACUCAACAUUCGGACGGGUAAGGAAGAAAGUUUCAAUCAUUUCUGUUCCAGAAUUUGCACCUGAUUCAUAUGAGAACGAAAACGUUGCAACAAGCGGUGGAAUUGUUGGAAUUGGAUCGACGAGCGGAGGCAGUACACGAAUUGAAUUCGAUUUUGAUGAUUUUGAGGAACAGAUUAUGAGAAAAUCCAGCAUGGCUCUUCCGAGUCGGAAGCUUACCAUCGCCAGCAGUAUAGAUCACGGCAACAAUGGAAAUUUACAUAUUGGAGAUAUCAUUUCAUUAUACACAGAGUCUUCUACUAAUCAAGAACAGCGGGGUUUUUUGAGCACACUUGGACUGGUAGAUGACAGAUGUAUCGUUGAAUUGAAAGACGGACGGCCUGAAAGUCCACCAAAAAAGUUUCGUGAUUGUCUAUUCAAAGUGUGUCCAGUGAACAGAUAUGCAGCCCAAAAGCACUUAUGGACAGAGCAAAAAAGGUUUCAAACGGGAGAUUCGAUGUUUGAUGACGAUUUGAUGAACAAGUUGAGAGUUGCUGCCGAUAAAGAACGCGAAGAAAAUGAAGCAGAAUUCCAAAAGACCCUCGGAAACGUAGUUCAAUAUGGAUCAAUGGUUCAAUUGCUUCAUGUUAAAUCGAAUAAAUACAUCACUGUGCAGAAGAACUCACCAGCAAAAAGAGAACGAAAUGCAAUGAAGGUCUACUUAGAUCGUGCUGGAAAUGAAGGAAGUUGGUUCAUAAUUGAGCCAGCCUACAAACAUUAUGCCAUUGGAGAUAAUGUAUCAGCUGGAAAUAAGAUCUCAUUGAUUCCAAAUGCAGUGUCUACAACUCAAACUGGUCAUGUCAAAUCACAACUUCAUCUUUCCGGAUUUAAUCUUCUCGAUCAUCAGACAGCUGCAGAAGUGAACUGUUUGAAUGAGCCAACUGAAUGGCAAGUGUUCAUGUUCCUUUUGUUUGAUGAGAACCAACAAAAUAGUGUCAAAUCGGGAGAUGUAGUCAGAUUAUUCCACGCAGAUCAACAAACUUUCCUCACUCUGGACACAAUUCCAAAAAUAAAUCCAGCAAAAGAUGUGGUAUUUCUGAGAAUGACAAACCGUCCAUCUGCUGCAGAUGCGACAAGUUCAAGAGCAUUAUGGGAAGUUCAGGUUGUUCAAACGAAUGCAUAUCGUGGAGGAACUGCCAAGUGGAACAAAACAUAUCGCUUCAAACAUCUUGCAUCUGACAUGUAUUUAACAGUUGAAGCAUCUCAAAUUCAAGUGAAACCAGCUGUAAAUGGAAGACGUGCGAGUUUGAUUUAUUCAAAGACAAACAAUCCAAUGGCAAGCAUGUAUUCAGAUGGUCCUAAUGGCAUCACAAAUGAUUCCUCCGAUGCAUCAAAUGGUCCUAAUGUCUAUUUCCUCUCUCCAACAAAAUCAGAUUUCCCAGAAUCAAAUGAGAAUCUUCUGUUCCAGUUGGAUCCUUCCACAUUUAUGAAAUCAAACAAAGAUGUUCCACGUCGUUCAUACGUCCGUCUACUUCAUCAGAGCACCGAUACUUGGGUUCACGCGACAAAUGCAACGGAGAAACAGAACCUCCAUUUCAGUAAUAAAAAUGAAAAGGGAUGGGUCAAAGUGAUUUGUGAGACCAACAGAGUUGACAAGGAAACAUUCGCAUUGCUUCCUGUUAAUCCGGAUGAGGUUCGAGACCUUGACUUCGCCAACGAUGCCUGCAAAGCUCUUCGUAAUUUCAUCAAUCUCAUCAAAAUUGGUUCUGUCAUCUCGAAAGAAGCUCUCAAUUCAACAACACAACUUCUUAUUGACUGCAUUCUUUUCGUUACCAACUCAUCAGAUCAUCUUGCUGAUCCAUUGAAAAUCACUGACUUCUCUCCAUCUCGUGACCGUCAAAAACUUUUGCGUGAACAAGAAGUCCUUCAUCAAGUAUUCCUUCUUCUGAAAGCACCAUUCCAACCACGUCAGGGGUCCACCGAAUUGGGUCCUCUUCUCAGUUCUCCGGCUGAAUUAAGUGACAGUAGAAAUGAAAUAUUCAAGACAAUGUUCCAACUAUGCUAUUGUCUUUUGAAGUAUUCACAAGUCAGCUACAGAAAAAAUCAGGAGUUUUUAGCUGAGAAGUUUGGAGAAAUUCAGGAACAAAUUGGUUUCGAUCUAAUGGCCGAAGACACGAUGACAGCUGUUCUUCACAAUAAUCCAAAGCUUCUUGAGAAAUACGUAAAGGCGCCGCACGUCGAGAGAUUCGUUGAGCUGGUCAGAAACAAUCGUCAGGGAAAAUUCCUCGAUUACCUCGCUGAUCUCUGUGUCUGCCGUGGAGAAGCCAAUAAGAAGAUUCAAGAACUCAUUUGUACUUCAGUUUUGAGCAACACUCACCGUGAUAUUUUUAUGGAUACUAAAGUUAUUGAGGGAGAAAUUGAGGUCGGCUGGGCUCCUAAUUUUAGAAAACUCGUUGAUAUAGCAGAAGGAGCAAAAUCAAAUCAUGAUGACGUGGAGCAUUUGGAUUACUACCGCCACCAACUUGAUCUACUUUCCCAAAUGUGUCAAGAACAACAAUAUCUUGCAAUUGAUCCACCAUUAGAGAGAGGUCUCAUGAAUAUUUCCCAACAACUUCCAGCCGAACUUGUUUUACAAUGUAUGUCAGAUACUCGUCUUCCAUAUGAUCUUCGUGGAUCCUUUACUCGUCUCAUGCUCCAUCUUCAUGUUGUACGAGGCAGUCCUAUGUCUGCAAUCCGUCACGCAAGACUUUGGUGGAGUAUUCCAGAAAAUGUGAAUGUGUCAACGUAUGAAUCAGUGUCCGUUGAGGCAUAUUCAGAUGGAAGUCGGAUGAGAAUUGGUGCUUCGAUUGCUCAUAAAGUGCUCGCUACAGUGGAAACAUACCUGAUGGCUCUGAGAAAUCAGUCAACAGAUGAGAGACACAGUGUCAACUCUAGUAAAUUAACUUAUGAGAUUGUAAAUCUUGCCAAAGCACUUGCUCAAUUCAACUUCUACUCAUUCAAUGAACUUCUGCAACUCACUCAAAACCUUUUAGCAAUAAUCAAUGAAGGACCUUCAGUCGAACAAGUUCCAUCUCAUCGAGCAAUGGUGAAUGCAAUUAGAAACAUGUCGAAAUCAAUGAUGAGAGGAGGAAGUAACAAAGAAAGUUCGAAAGAUCUUGCGAAAACAUCAUCAAUGUCAACAGAUGAUGCCGGAAGGAGCAAGGAAGGAAGAGCUUUAAUCGUCAAGACGAAACUGAUUGUUGCUGAAAUACUUCAGUUCGUGAUGGAUGUCAGGAGAGAUUAUCGAAUUACAAUGGCACUUUCCUGGUUCAAAAAUGUCUUUCCUUGUGAUGAAGAUGGUUCAUUGAUGCAUUCAGCAAGUAUAAAUGAGAGAAUGGCGUCUGAACUUUAUGAUGCAAUUUAUCAUUCAUCUGGACAUGAACUCCAUUUGGAUGGAAAAGAUGGACAACUUCUACUUGCAAUUCUUCUUCAAAUGACGAUGUCUGAUUAUCCACCACUCACGAGUAUUGCAUUGAAAGUUCUUUUCCGUCAUUUCACUCAAUAUCAAGAGCUUUUGGAAGAUUUGAAACAAGUUCAGUUGCUAGUUUCGAAUGAUGACGUGGAGAAUUAUCGGCAGAUCGAUCGAGAUUUGUUCAUUCUGAAAAAUCUCACAGAGAAAUCUGAGUUGUGGGUUCACGGAGAUAGGAAUCAUUCUGUUGAAACCAAAGAAGUGGAUGACAAGGAAAGAACAACUGAAUAUGAUCUACAGAGACAUGAACUGAAUACUCCAAGAGCAUUUGGAUCAAGAGAUUCGAUGGAUGCAGUGAUUGCAGUUAUAAACGAGCAUUAUUCAAACUUCAAAACUGAAAGUCUUCAACUUCUGAAUCGUCUUUUGAUUAAAGACGAUCGAAAUGAUGCAGCUGUUGCUCUUCAAGAACUUAGUGACAAAGCACCACUCAUCGCAUAUCCACUGAUCCGUCAAAUGCUGGUUCGUCUUACAAGAAUGUGUUAUCGAGAUGGGAAACCAGAUACAAUGAAUCAACAACUUCUGAAAAACAUGAGAGUUUACGAAGUUGUUCUGGAGUUUAUCAGUGUUCCACAUGACAAGAAACACGAUCACGAGAUGAUGAAGUUGAUAACUUUAUCCCAUGAAUUCUUGAGAAGUUUCUGCAAAACAAAUAAGGAGAAUCAAAGUAGACUUUACAAGUUCAUUUCUUACGAAAAAGAUGCAAAAGAAGGGAUGCUCCGAGUUGAAACAGUCGAAGAAGUUGGAACUUUGGUUGCGAUAUUCCGGAAUAACCGAGAGCUUGCAUCGAAUGUUCCGGAGGAAUUGAUUGCUCAUAUUGUCGGAUUGAUCGAGCAUAAUUCAAGAAACCCAAUAUUCCUUGAGUUGCUCCAAGCAUUGGUUUGUGUUUACGAUAAGGAAAUUGAAAGUGGGCAGGAGAAAGUUGCAAAUGAAAUCUGUGCGGCUUCGGAUGAAGUCAGACAACUCUAUGUGGAUAAUGCAUCAUUUGAGGAAUUGGAAGCUCUGAUGAAACAAGAAAAAGAGUCGAGAGGAAGAGAAACUGAUAGUCGGAAACCAUUGAAGUACCACAUUGAAUUGGUUCGUCUGCUCGCAAUGUGUACACGUGGAAAGAAUGGAAACACUGAAUUGAAAUGUGCUUCACAAAUUCCAAUGGAUCAUAUCGUCCGAGUUGUCACUUCCAAGCAUUGCCUUGUUGAAGUGAAGACUGUCUAUCUUCAACUUCUUCUUCACUGUUAUAUUGAUACGGAUGCUGAGAUGAAAGACGCCUAUAAGACAGAAUACGUUGACAACAUUCUCAAUAAUCUUCUUGAAGAUAUUCGUUCUCUUCGAAUCGAAAAAUUGACAGAUGCUGAAACAGUGACACUUGAACAUUACAUCUGUCAUACUGUCACUGAAGUGCUCAUCAAGUUUUUCGAAGCUCCGUAUUCUGCUCUUCAACAAGCGAAAGUUGAUGUUCAUCAUCACAAAAAGACAUUCUCAGAAGUGUUGUUGGAGUUGACAAGUUUGGAAAGAGGGAAAUUGAAGAGUACAAGAUCGUCAAGGAACUGGUAUCGAGUUGCCGAAUGCAUCAAAAGAUUGACGAAAUGGGCAGAAGAACACAGUAUUACACUUCCAGCAACUCUCGCAGGACCCCAGAUGGCUGGAACUGCAUCCGUUCGUCAGAAAUGGCAGAAUGCGGCAACCUCGGCAAAGUUGAUUGGAUUGAAUAAGAUGAUGAGUCAGGAAUCGCAGUCGGAGUACGAUUCAGAUUGCAGUCAGGGUCCAUAUCAGCCAUCGAGACUAAACAGACAGAAUACUCUCAAUCCUGGACAUCGACUCUAUGGAACAUCCAAUUCAAUGACUGAACACACUUCUGCAAAUGUUGUUACAUGCUACCAUAUGAUGAUCGGAGAAUUCAAAUUCUAUCUUCAUCCUCUCCACGCAGCCGAAGGAAGUGUUCUUGUUGAAGUUCUUCAUACUCCCGAACUGUUGUUCCCUGAAGGAUCAUCCCUCCGUGAUCAAUGUGCUCGAGGAGGAGUCGUUGCCAAACUGAUUCAACAUUGCAAAACAUUGAUGCAGAAUAAACAAGACAAUCUGUGUGCGAGAGUCCUUCAAACUUUAUGUAAAAUGUGUGAUUGCACGAAACAACAGCUCACUCAACAGGGUCAACAACUCCGUCAACUUCUUCUUCAACGGUACUUCGGGCAACAUAAUCACCAUCAUCCUCCACUGGAUCGACAACAAUCAAAGAUAGGAGAAGUUAUUGAGGCAGUCAAAGAGAAAAAAGAGGAAACGUGGAGUCAAGAACGAGAUUUGUAUGCAAUCCAGUGUAAAUUGAAUGAUGCAGGAGCAUCUGACCUUGUCACAGACAUCAUCAUUAUGGAACCUAGUCGAGAGAUAUUCCUGAAGGCGAUCCAUUUGGCAAGAGCUUUGCUUCACGAAGGAAAUGAUAAAGUUCAACACUCCUUUUACAUGCGAAUGAAGCAGAAAGACAUUCAUGAGCCAUUCUUCAAAGUCAUUUUAACUCGAAUUCAGACAGCCCAAAACAGAUUAAAAAGUGAUAUGAUGAGUUGCAGUGACAGUAAACCGAAAGCUUCAUCCACUGUUCUAACUCCCCUCAUUGAUGCUGGUGAUUCUGGUUUCAAUGGAACAUUAUUUGAAGUUCCACAACAAGUUCGACAUCCAUCGAUAUCUGAAAUGUCCCAGUUGAGCAAUGAUUUGACACAUUCAAUUCCUGAUUUGACUCCGUAUCAAGAUGAAGACAAAUCCACUGACGCCUUACCACCAGAAGUUGCACUCGUCGAACCCAUCCUCCGUGUACUUCAACUUCUUUGUGAAAAUCACAAUAGUCUUCUUCAAAACUUCCUUCGCAAACAAUCCGAUAGAACUAAUCAUAAUCUGGUCUCGGAAACUCUCAGUUUCUUGGAUACAGUCUGUGGUUCAACGAAAGGAAGUCUCGGAGUUUUCGGAGAAAUCGGAGAACACAACUUCUCUUUGAUCACUCAAACACUAGCCACAUUGACAGAAUUCUGUCAGGGACCAUGUCAUGAGAAUCAGAAUACAAUGGCAAUGCAGGAAAAUGGAUUAAAUAUUAUAAUUUCUCUUGUACUGAAUGAGAUCAAACCACUUGCUGAUGACCAUAUGGAACUAGCAUUGGAGAUCAAAAGUCAGGCAUCCAAACUGUUAUUGGCUAUUAUGGAAUCAAGACACGACGGAGAAAAUGCGAAUCGAGUAUUGAGAAAUAUGGCAAACAUGUCUGGAGGACCAAAACAAUUAGUUCAUGCAAUCAAACAAGCAUACGAAAUGACAAAUUCGAAUCAUCACAUGCUGAAAUCAGUGAGCAGAGAUUUAUUCAGAAGAGCUGAGGAUGAUUCGAAGAAUAAACCAGGACCCCAGAUUACUGUUAACACAAUAUCCUUGCCUGAAAUCAAUGUGGAUGCAUCUGGAAUUGUAUCGAUUCAUACAGAGAAGAACAAUUCAAGUUCUCUCGAUGACAAGUUCCACGAGGAAGACUGUCCGAGUGUUGAUCCGAGAGAAGUCGGACAUAAUAUCUAUAUUCUUGCUCAUCAAUUGGCAAUUCAUGAUGGUGAAUUAGAGAUUUGGUUGGAUGGAAGUGACGAAAAAAAAGAUGAUUUGACGAGAGAAGCAUUGAAUUAUUACAAAGAGAGGACAGCUCAAAUUGAGAUCGUAAGACGUGAUCGGACUUUGGAACGGGUCGUUUUCCCAAUCAACGACAUCUGUUCGUAUCUUACAAAAGAAACGAAAGACUACGUGUAUAACAACACAGAAAGAGACAAUCAAGGUUCGAAAGUCACAGAAUUCUUUGAUCAAUGGGAGACAAUGUACCAUGAAAUGAUAUGGCAACGGAAGCUACAAGAUAGAAAAUGGCUCUCUUGGUGUGCUUUUCGAUUACCUCUCUGGACAAGAUUAUCCUUCCAUUUCGCUUUUAUUGUCAAUGCUCUUGUUGCAUGUUAUUAUCCAUUCCCAGAGCAUUCCACAACUCCGAUCUCAUUUGGCAAUUCAUACAGUUGGCUUGCCGUGAUCACUUCAUUCCUUCUUGCUCAUUAUCUCCGUCAUGACAAAUCGUAUCUUCCAAAAACGUUCCUUCUCAUACUUGCGAGUCUCUGUUUCCUGUUCGUCAGUUCUAUUGGUGUCAACAUAACGCUUUAUUUCUUCGGGAUACUGCAACUAGUCAAUAAAGUGGUCCAUGUACUUGCAUUUGUGAGUAACAAAGGAUUAGAAGAUCGGCCACUCAGUGAAAUAUUAGCAUGCCGAAAUCUCCAUUAUCUACUAGUUUAUUUGGCAGUCUGUAUUGCUGGUUUUGUCAUUCAUCCAAUGAUUUAUUGUGCAUUACUUUUCGAUAUCAUUGCUACCGAAGAGACACUUCAAAAUGUCAUUGCUUCUGUCACAAGAAAUUAUCAAUCAAUUGUUUGGACAGGACUUCUUGCUCUUAUUCUUCUCUACGGCUUCUCGAUUCUUGGAUUCCUUUUCUUCAGACACGAUUUCUAUCUGGACGUGGACCCAGUGGAAGCUGAUUCCUCUGCUACCAUCUCAUCAGGACUUCCAUCUGAAACAUGUCCAUCUGAAGGCUGUCCGGGACUGAAACCAACUGGAAAAGACGGCGAUGAUGACGACGACAAGAAAAUAAAAUCAUGUGAAACACUAUGGAUGUGUAUUCUCCAAACAAUGUAUCUUGGACUGAGAAAUGGAGGAGGAAUCGGAGAUGUUCUCAGAAAUCCAGCUCCGUGGGAGGACAUGUUCGUAUGGCGUGUUGCUUAUGAUAUGACAUUUUUCGUUGUACUCAUUGUUAUCGUUCUCAACUUAAUUUUCGGAGUUAUCAUCGAUACAUUCGGAGAUUUGAGGGCAGAGAAGAAUGAGAAGGAGCAGAUUCUCAAGAAUAAUUGUUUCAUUUGCGGUUUGGAUCGAUCUCGAUUUGAUAAUAGAUCAGUGACAUUCGAAACUCAUCGAGAAACAGAACACAAUAUAUGGCAUUAUUUAUAUUAUAUUGUGAUGCUUCAAAUCAAGGAUGAAACUGAAUUCACUGGACCGGAGAGUUAUGUUGCUCAAUGUGUAAAGGACCGGAAUCUGGACUGGUUCCCAAGAAUGCAGGCUUUAUCACUUCAAGAUUCUGAAUUAGAUACUGAUCAAUCUGAAAUGAAACAAAUGAAAGAUCAAAUGAUGCAGAUGAUUGCUAUGAUGCGAGAAAAUCAGAGCCAGUGGGAUGAGGUUCGAGCAUUCAUGGAACAACUACAAUCUCGUUAG